CCACCCCUUUGGGUGGAGUCUCGCUUUUUCUUUCCAGUGUUGGCUGAGUUACAGCUUCUAUAAAGUAGAGGCAGUUUCUGAACCCUAGGCAGCUGCCUCGCAGUUCUGGCUAGCAAGCGCCAAUGCACCGGGUUGCUGGGAACGAGACACUUUCCUGAGCCCCGGAUCUUGCUCCCGUCUGGAACUAUCCCACCAUACACACUUGUGUGUUUUGAGCGUCCCCCACGCCAUGGACCUCAUCGGGCUGCUGAAGUCCCAGUUUCUGUGUCACCUGGUCUUCUGCUAUGUGUUCAUCGCCUCGGGACUCAUCGUCAACGCCAUCCAACUCUGCACACUGGUCCUCUGGCCCAUCAACAAGCAGUUGUUCCGCAAGAUCAAUGGCAGACUGAGCUACUGCAUCUCCAGCCAAUUGGUGAUGCUUCUGGAGUGGUGGUCAGGCACCGAGUGCACCAUGUACACCGACCCAAAGUCCUUACCCUACUAUGGGAAGGAAAACGCCAUCAUUGUUCUCAAUCAUAAGUUUGAGAUUGACUUUCUCUGUGGCUGGAGCCUGGCCGAGCGCUUUGGGAUCCUGGGGAACUGCAAAGUGCUGGCCAAGAAAGAACUGGCUUAUGUCCCAAUCAUUGGCUGGAUGUGGUACUUUGUGGAAAUGAUCUUCUGCACACGCAAGUGGGAACAGGAUCGGCAGACGGUCGCCAAGAGCCUGCUGCGCCUCCGGGAGUACCCGGAGAACUAUCUGUUCCUGAUUCACUGUGAGGGCACACGGUUCACGGAGAAGAAACACCAGAUCAGCAUGCAGGUGGCCCAAGCCAAGGGGCUGCCCAGCCUCAAGCAUCACCUGCUGCCACGCACCAGGGGCUUUGCCAUCACCGUUAAGUGCUUGCGAGAUGUCGUCCCAGCUGUCUAUGACUGUACACUCAAUUUCAGAAACAAUGAAAACCCAACGCUGCUGGGCGUCUUAAAUGGAAAGAAAUAUCAUGCUGAUUUUUACAUUAGGAGGAUCCCUAUGGAGGACAUCCCGGAGGAGGAGGAGAAGUGCUCGGCCUGGCUACACAAGCUCUACCAGGAGAAGGACGCCUUUCAGGAGGAGUACUACAGGACGGGGGUCUUCUCAGAGACGCCCUGGGUGCCCCCACGACGGCCCUGGGCUCUGGUCAACUGGCUGUUCUGGGCAUCACUGCUGCUCUACCCCUUCUUCCGGUUCCUCGUUAGCAUGGCCAGCAGCGGCUCGUCAGUGACGCUGGCGAGCUUGGUGCUCGUCUUCUGUGUGGCUUCCAUGGGAGUUCGAUGGAUGAUUGGCGUGACAGAAAUUGACAAGGGCUCUGCCUACGGCAAUAUUGACAACAGACAAAAACAAACAGACUGACCUGGGAAUGUCACCCUCCAAAGGGAACCUUGGGGAACUGUUGGUGUCUGCCUAGUCUUCUUAGGGUUCAGUGGUGGAGACUGGGGAGCUUUGCUGGGAUGAGCAGAAACCACAGCCUCUCUAUUCAGAGUUUGUCUCAGCGCUGGACGGGGAAAGAAGACGUUCUCAAAACUUUUCCCCUGUGUGAACGAAUGAAUGACCGGGUUUGGUUGUCUGUUCAUUUGCACACGUGUUUUUGUGUGUACGUGUGUGGGAAAGGAGAAUGGUUGCGUGCAUACUUGGGACCCUGUGACAGUGGGGUCGGUGGGGCUGCAGGGAAGCGUGGGGCUGGGGUGGAAGGGAAGACGGCCCUGUCACGCUGUGGUGCUGCAUCUUCUCUAACCCUCGAUUGCCAGAGACAGAGUGAACAGUGCUUUAGACAGACGACUGGGUUCCGCCUCCAAAUAAAACAAUUAAAGUGUU